AUGCCUCGUCUUUCUUCCACUCUUUUGUUUAUUGCUGGCUCCGCACUUCUAUCCCAUUGUGCUCCUCUCGAUGCUCGCGGAAAACCCUUCAACUAUGGUGUCGAUAAAAUUUAUGGUGUUAAUAUAGGUGGAUGGCUGCUCCUGGAACCAUGGAUUACCCCCAGCCUGUUUGAUAACACGGGAAAUCCGGAUAUUAUCGAUGAAUGGACCUUCACGCAGUUGCAAGACAGGCAAUCUGCGCAAGAUGCUCUUAAGCAACACUGGGACACAUUCUUUACCGAAAAAGACUUUGCGGACAUCGCCGCUGCCGGAUUGAACCACGUUCGUGUACCGAUUGGAUACUGGGCGUUUGACGUCGCGGACGACGAACCAUUCAUCAAGGGACAAGUGCCAUAUCUGAAGAAGGCGAUUGAAUGGUCUGGAAAGUAUGGUUUAAAUGUCGUCAUCGACCUUCACGGUGCUCCAGGCAGUCAGAACGGCUUCGAUAACUCGGGUCGAAAAUUGGAUUUCCCAACAUGGCAGCUGGAGCAGCAGAAUAUCGAUCGCACCAACGCUGUAUUGAAGACCAUCUCAGACAUCUUCGCACCACAAGCGGAUGUAGCCAAUAUUAUUGCUCCACUGAACGAACCUGCUGGUUUCAAUGGCACUCAGCUGCUCGACGUCACAAGGAAUUAUUGGCUUUCCUCAUACGAUACCAUCCGUCAUCCGCAGAAGGGCCCAUCUGAUCGUAUCGUUCUUAUUCAUGACGCUUUCAUGAACUCCUCGUACUGGGGCGACUUCAUGACUCCACCCAAGUAUUCAAAUGUAGUGAUGGACACGCAUCAAUACCAAAUCUUUUCGACAGAUGGCGUCGCAUUGAGCGAGGAUGACCACAUCAAGACGGCUUGCAACUUUAGCAACGCAAUCAAGCAAUUCGCUCUCCCCAUUAUCGUUGGCGAAUGGUCUCCUGCUAGUACAGACUGUGCUCGCUACCUCAACGGACGCCGUCAAGAUUUACAAGGUGCACGUUACGACGGUACCUACCCAGACAGCACGUUUGUUGGACUCUGCCUCGGCAAGAGCGGCUCGGCGAAAUACUUCAGCGAUGACUACAAGACUUUCUUGCGCAAAUAUUGGGAGGCACAGGCGAAAGCGUAUGAGACCUCAUACGGAUGGUUCCAAUGGACCUGGAAGACUGAGGAGGGGACUGGUGAGGAGUGGUCAUACAGCAAAGGCAUUGAAUACGGAUGGAUUUCUCAGGACGUAACGGAUAGGAAAUAUCCUGACAUCUGCGCCGGAUACGUGUAG